AUUUAAUUUAAGCUUUUAUAAAGCUGUAAUGGUAGCCAUUCCUAGAUCUGUAACGAGUAACGACCCUAUAAGGUCGUCCCCGCCAUUGUAGCUUUUCAUUCUAAUUUAGUGACUCUUCUACCUCUGUCUCUCCCUCACGCUCUUGCAUCCUCGCAACGCCCACCCAGCCAUCUUAGAGAGAAUCAAAAUGGUGAAGAUAUGCUGCAUUGGUGCUGGUUAUGUAGGGGGGCCCACCAUGGCCGUGAUAGCAUACAAGUGCCCUGACAUUGAAGUAGCAGUUGUUGACAUUUCAAUGCAGCGGAUCAGUGCAUGGAACAGUGAUCAGCUCCCCAUAUAUGAGCCGGGCCUUGAUGAUGUAGUCAAAGGGUGCAGAGGAAGGAACCUCUUCUUCAGCACAGAGGUAGAGAAGCACGUGUGUGAGGCCGAUAUCGUCUUUGUCUCUGUCAACACUCCUACCAAGACGCGUGGUCUCGGGGCUGGCAAAGCUGCAGAUUUGACGUAUUGGGAAAGUGCGGCUCGCAUGAUCGCUGACGUCUCAAAGUCUGAUAAAAUAGUUGUUGAGAAAUCGACAGUACCAGUUAAAACAGCCGAGGCCAUUGAAAAAAUCUUGACUCAUAAUAGCAAGGGGAUUAAGUUCCAGAUCCUCUCCAAUCCCGAGUUUCUUGCUGAAGGUACUGCUAUUGAGGACCUAUUCCAUCCUGACAGGGUACUCAUUGGAGGUCGGGAGACCCCAGAAGGGAAUAAGGCAGUCCAGACACUCAAGGAUGUCUACGCCAACUGGGUUCCAGAAGAACGCAUCAUCACAACCAAUUUAUGGUCUGCUGAGCUGUCAAAGCUAGCAGCCAAUGCAUUCUUGGCGCAAAGAAUAUCCUCAGUAAACGCAAUGUCAGCUCUGUGUGAGGCGACCGGUGCGGAUGUUUCCCAGGUGUCAUACGCUGUCGGUAAGGACACGAGGAUCGGUCCCAAGUUCCUCAACUCCAGCGUCGGGUUUGGCGGCUCUUGCUUCCAGAAGGACAUCCUCAACCUUGUCUACAUCUGCGAGUGCAAUGGUCUGCCCGAAGUGGCCGAGUACUGGAAACAGGUCAUCAAGAUCAAUGACUACCAGAAGAGCCGUUUCGUGAACCGAGUUGUCUCGUCCAUGUUUAACACUGUCUCGAACAAGAAGAUUGCCAUCUUAGGUUUUGCUUUCAAGAAGGACACUGGGGACACACGUGAGACGCCUGCAAUUGAUGUCUGCAAAGGGCUUUUGGGAGAUAAGGCCCAGUUAAGCAUAUAUGAUCCUCAGGUGAGUGAGGAACAGAUCCAGAGAGACCUGACGCUGAACAGGUUUGAGUGGGACCACCCGCUGCAUCUCCAGCCAGCUAGUCCGGGUGCAGGGAAGAAGGUCAGCGUUGUUUGGGAUGCUUAUGAGGCGAUGAAAGGGGCCCAUGCUGUGUGCAUUCUCACGGAGUGGGAUGAGUUCAAGGAUCUGGACUACCAGAGGAUAUAUGAGAACAUGCAGAAGCCUGCUUUUGUGUUUGAUGGUAGGAACAUUGUGAACGCCGGAAAGCUGAGAGAGAUUGGGUUUAUUGUGUACUCAAUCGGUAAGCCUCUUGAUGCUUGGAUCAAGGACUUGCCUGCUGUUGCUUAGAUACACACAUUGCUGCUGCACUUUUUCUGUUUUGUUUUCCUACAUUUCAUUUGCUUCAAAUCUCAUUGUUUAUUUUUUACUUCAUCUUUUGGCUUCUGUCUAGUUGGCUUUUCACGGGCCCAUUUUUUAGUUCGAUUUUUGAAAAAGGCCAUAAGUUUUACACCUGUAAUUGUUAUUCUAUUACUGACGUAUUCAUAGAACUAUCUGAUGUAAAUUCAGCCAUGUCUGAAUGAAGACAAGAGUAAUAAAAAACUGUUUGUUGGCACGUCGCACAGGUUAGUGUAGCUUCAUCAUCAUCAUAUUAUUAUUAUAUUUAUUAUUAUUAUUAUUGUUAUUGUUAUUAUUGUUGUUGAAGU